AUGACUGAAGAGGCAAAGAAAUUAGUUAACGCUGCGGCGGAACUCACGGUCUCAGAGAGCACCGCUUCUAUUUAUGUUGAUGAGGAUACCGGUGUCGAUUCUGCCGACACCCCCGGUACUCCAGACAAGCCAUUCAAAUCCCUCAUUGGUGCUCUAACACACACCUACAAGUCCCACCCAGAUGCCAAAUUUCAAGUCCGCAAGUCAGAGUCAGGACCUGAUGACGAAACACGCAAAGAGUACAAGCCUGCUGCUAAGGCUGCGAUGAAAAAGGUCGCCAACAUGCACGCUGCCAACUUGAAAAAAGCUGCCAAGCAAGCUGAGAUCAAUGCAAAGGAGGCCGAGGCCAGGGCUUCAAAGGAGGCGGCAUUGGAAGAAGCCAAGAAGAUUGUUUUGACCGAGGAUUCAUCUCUACCUGCUGCAGUCAACAUCAAAAUCAGGGGCAGUGUUGCAAGCCGUGGCAAAAGAGUCAAGGUUUCGGGGUGGGUCCACAGAUUGAGACAUCAAAGCAAGCUCAUUUUCAUCACCUUGCGUGACGGAACUGGGUAUCUUCAAUGCAUUUUGGCCGAUGACCUGACAAAGACAUAUGAUGCGCUGACCUUGACUGUUGAAUCAACAAUCACUAUCUAUGGCGUUAUAUCCCCUGUCCCUGAAGGCUCGCAUGCGCCUGAUGGCCACGAGCUGCAUGCGGACUACUUCAAGGUCGUUGGAAAGGCUCCAGGUGGUGACGAGACCAUCACCAACAUUGUCGCCAAGGACGCAGACCCUCAGACAAAGUAUGACAACAGACAUCUGGUCAUUCGUGGAGAACAGGCUAGUGCGGUAUUGAAAGUUCGAGCAGGUGUUUUGAGGGCAUUCCGGAAGACCUACGAGGACCUUGGAAUGCUCGAGGUGACCCCUCCUUGCAUGGUACAAACACAGGUCGAAGGAGGAAGCACUCUUUUUGAAUUCAACUACUACGGCGAAAAGGCAUAUCUAACCCAGUCUUCCCAAUUGUACCUUGAGACUUGUCUGCCCUCACUCGGGGAUGUCUUCUGUAUCCAGGAGUCCUUCCGGGCUGAAAAAUCAUUGACUCGUCGUCAUUUAUCAGAAUACACCCACAUCGAGGCUGAGCUUGGCUUCAUUAGUUUUGACGAUCUUCUUAGCAACCUUGAGGAGACAAUCUGCCGCACCAUCGACUAUGCCUUGGCAGAUCCACUCAUCUCUGAACUUAUCAAGGAGCUCAACCCCAAAUUCAAGGCUCCUGCUCGCCCAUUCUUGCGCAUGACCUACGCAGAUGCUAUUGAGUGGUUGAAGAAACACGAUAUCCCCAACGAAGAGGGUAAACCCCAUGAGUUUGGUGAUGACAUUGCUGAGGCUGCGGAGAGGAAGAUGACGGACGAAAUUAAUCUACCAAUCUUCUUGACAAAGUUCCCCGUUGAAAUCAAGGCUUUCUACAUGAAGAAGGACCCUGAAGACCCUAGGGUUACCGAGAGUGUCGACUGCCUCAUGCCCGGAGUUGGUGAGAUUGUUGGAGGAAGUAUGAGGAUGGAUGGAAUGGAAGAGUUGCUCGCGGGAUAUGCCAGAGAGGGCAUUUCACCCGACCCAUACUACUGGUUUACAGAUCAGAGAAAAUACGGAACGACUCCUCAUGGUGGAUACGGGCUUGGCCUUGAGAGAUUCCUCGCUUGGAUGUGCGACCGUUACACUGUUCGUGACUGCUCAUUAUAUCCUCGAUGGACCGGUCGUUGCACUCCAUAA